AUGAAAAGUUUUACCAGAUUUGAGACAAAAUCGAAUGAAAUCUCAGAAAAUUUUGUAAAAAAUUUGAUUGAAAACUACCACAGACCAAUAAAAUUAAGUGAAGUUCUGUACAAAGCCACUGGUUGUGAUAGCAAAAGAUUUAAAAAGAAAUUUGACAAGCAAGAAAAAAGAUUUCAGCCGCACGACACAUUUCAGGCAAGGCCACAAGCCAUCAUAGUCCUCGCCAUAGUCAUCGUUGUUACGUUCAUCAAACCUUGCGGCGAUUUCGUGAGGGGGAAUCUUCCCGAUGAGGACGUAGAGAUGAUUCACCAUGAGGAGAGGAACACUCUGCAGUCAGUGACACCUGCAACACUGAAGCAUGCGAACAUAUCAAACACAAAAACUUCAAAACACUGUCCAGUCGAGUUGACAUGCCCAACACUGUCUCAACACCUCGUGGGAGGCAGGGAAGAGUAG